CCGUGGGGGCCGCGCACGGAUCGCCGAGCCCCAGCCGGGAGGGAUGCGGUCCGCGCCGUAGCUACCCGCAGGGGGCGGGAAGGCCGCCGUGAGAAGGCGGAGCUGCGAAGCCAUCCCGUCAGCCCCGGCCGCAGCCGCGGUCCCCCGCGCUCCUCCCAGUUCUCCGCACGCCCCCGCCCCGGCGGCUUCCGCCCCUCCUAGCUGCGCUACCAAAGGAAACGGAAGAAGGCGCAAGCCAUGGAGGGGAACCGGGAUGAGGCGGAGAAAUGUGUCGAGAUCGCCCGGGAGGCCCUGAACGCCGGCAACCGCGAGAAGGCCCAGCGCUUCCUGCAGAAGGCCGAGAAGCUCUACCCACUGCCCUCGGCCCGCGCACUAUUAGAAAUCAUUAUGAAAAAUGGAAGCACAGCUGGAAAUACCCCUCAUUGCCGAAAACCAUCAAGUAGUAGUGACCACAACAAGCCUAACUGUACAAAAGAGAGCACAUCUGGUAGCGGCGAGAGUGGAAAAGGCUACACCAAAGACCAAGUAGAUGGAGUUCUCAGCAUAAACAAAUGUAAAAAUUACUAUGAAGUACUUGGAGUUACAAAAGAUGCUGGUGAUGAAGAUUUGAAAAAAGCUUAUAGAAAGCUUGCUUUGAAGUUUCAUCCAGACAAAAACCAUGCACCUGGAGCAACAGAUGCUUUUAAAAAGAUUGGAAAUGCUUAUGCUGUUUUAAGCAAUCCAGAAAAACGAAAACAGUAUGACCUUACAGGCAAUGAAGAACAAGCUUGUAAUCACCAAAACAAUGGCAGAUUUAAUUUCCAUAGAGGUUGUGAAGCUGAUAUAACUCCAGAAGACUUGUUUAAUAUAUUUUUUGGUGGUGGAUUUCCUUCAGGUAGUGUACAUUCAUUUUCAAAUGGACGAGCUGGUUAUAGCCAUCAACAUCAACAUCGACAUAGUGGGCAUGAAAGAGAAGAAGAAAGAGGAGAUGGAGGUUUUUCUGUGUUUAUCCAGCUGAUGCCCAUUAUUGUAUUGAUCCUUGUGUCAUUGUUAAGCCAAUUGAUGGUCUCUAAUCCUCCGUAUUCCUUAUAUCCCAGAUCUGGAUCAGGGCAAACCAUUAAAAUGCAGACAGAAAACUUGGGUGUCAUUUAUUAUGUCAACAAGGACUUUAAAAAUGAAUAUAAAGGAAUGUUAUUACAAAAGAUAGAAAAGAGUGUCGAAGAAGAUUAUGUGACUAAUAUUCGAAAUAAUUGCUGGAAAGAAAGACAGCAAAAAACAGAUAUGCAAUAUGCAGCAAAAGUAUACCGUGAUGACCGACUCCGAAGGAAGGCAGAUGCCUUGAACAUGGACAACUGUAAAGAAUUAGAGCGGCUGACCAGUAUCUAUAAAGGAGGAUGAAUGGGAAUUUUUAUUUACAAAUUUUAGCAUACUUGUUAUUUUUUCUGUAAGUAAAUUUAGUUUCAUCAUGAGAGCUGAAGGAAAAGGUUUGAUAGUAAAAACUAAACUGAAUAGUUGGUCCCUGAAAUCUUGGACUGCUUAUGACCUACUGGCUCUUUUAAAUAGUAAGAAACUGAAAACUAAAAUUAAUAUUUUAGUUGUGCUUCUGCAGUUUUCUCACUUUAAAAGCUUAUAUGAUUCCUAACUAAAAAUGUCUCAAGAAAGAAUUAUCACACCUUUAGCAAUUUCUAGUUCUAGUGAUUCUCCAUAUUUUCAUGUAAAUAUUUAUGGAAUGCUCAUUUUGUGUACAUUCAGGUUAUUGCCUUUUUAUUUAAAUUCUUUCUAUGUUUAGCUCCAUGAGACACUUAGCUUAAAUCAAUGGAAUAAAUGUUAUAUGACAGAAUUACAUUUUUCUUGUCAGGUGUCAAAUCUGUGGAGUUUAAACAGUGAAAUUUUUUCAAAAAGAAAGAAAAAACAAAAACCAUUUAACUUUGUGUAAAAUCUAGCAUUGCCAGUUUAGAGGAAAUUGAUAUUUUUUAGUAUUGCUAUUAUAUUCAAAAAUAUAUAUUGAGAUAAAUGAACUGGUGAAGCAUAUCAGUUUGCUAUUUAGUUUUAUGAAUUGCUAAGCCAUGCAUAGAGAUGAAAUGCUAUACUGAUACAUUGUAAAGAAUAUAUGAGAAAUGGCUAUAUAGAUACUAAAUGGAAAAGUCUUUUUCUUCAACAGUAUAUUGCAAUUAUGUUAUUUGCAAUUCCAGUAGUUAAAAAGUCCCCAAUUGUUCAUUUAUAUGUCUUUGAAGGCUUUAAAAUUUAUAAAGAAAAUGAUCCACCUAAUUAUUCCCCCAUGAUAAUUUGCAGUUUCUUAGUCAUCAUUUAAGCAGGAUUCUAAAGUUAAUAGAUUCUUCUAUAAACAAGUAGUAAGAAAAAUUACUACUAAAAUUCAGCUUUGUGCCUUUGAACCUUAUUGCCAACACCUAAACAUCUGAGUAGAUUAGAGCACACUUCUGAUCAGAACAUGAUCCAUUUGGCUACAUCCAACAGUGAACAGAAAUAUAACAGCAGAAAGAAGUCAUUUUUAAUAAGUCAUUGUUAUAAAAUUCAGAGCUAAAAUCUAUUCAUCAUUGAGAAAUUCUUAGUCCUAUAGGAAUAGGCUCCUUGUAAUUAAAUCUAUAAUGUAAAUUAGAAAAUCAGCUGGAAAUUGAAGUUUCUGGUGCCUGUCUAUUAAGUAUGAGACUAUUUGGUUUCUAGUCUUCUGUGUUUAACAAUUAUAAUAUUUUAAUUAUUUUGUUUCAUUCUCAGUAGAACAAAACACAUCUUUGGUAGUUUCUUUGAGUGUAUGAGAAUACUGGGAAUGAUGGUAGUGUUCUUUUGGUUUAAAGAUGAUUUCUGAAUAUAGUUAAUUUAUGGCAUCUUCUGAAUAAAACUGAUAAAAUGACCAUUCUUAAAUAAUGGUCUCAUGUAUGCCCUUUUCCCCUCAGGUGAAUCAACAGAAAUGCCUAAUGAAUUAGUAGGUUAAACAACAUAUUGUUCUAUGAAAACUGGACAACCUAACUGACUUUCUUUUAGAAUUGUGACCUUUAAAAAAAAACAAUGCUUUAAAGAAAAUUACAAUUUUAAAUGUUUUCUUGAGUCUAGAAUGAGUUAUUUAAAAAAAAAAAAACAGGGUCAUAGACUUCUAAUUCACUUUUGAAAGCUCAUAUACAUCAGAAUACUUAUAAAAAUUCUAGUGAAAAUUUUUCAUCUAUUUAUUUUUCCAUUUCUAAUAGGAAAUUUGUACUCUUCUGGUUGGUACUUAAAUGAACUGAACCUUCUUGUGUACUGAUUCCUUUUCCUUUAAUCCUCGCCUUAAUGGGGUAGAUGGUGUUAGCAAGUGAAGUGAAGUUGUGUAUCAUGAAGCCAUUCGUGGCUUUUGGAGAGUAUUAUAUUUCAGUUGCAUUGCUGCAUUCUAUUACAUUUCACAAAAUGUUAGGGGAAAUAUGUUUGAUAAAAUAAAAUUCUCAAAUAAUUGUAGGAAAUGAUCUGAUCAAGUACCCCAUAUUUUAGGCCACAUAUUAAGUAUAGAGGUAAAGAUUGGGUCCUUAAUGUCACCUACAGCAUGAUAUAAAGAUCCAACCCAUGUGUCUUAGAAUUUGGGUUAAUUCUAUAAAGUAAGAAGAUUCUAGCUAUCUUGAGAUGUAAAAUUCUCAUGUUUAGUACUCUUUUAUAAUAAAAAUCUGGAGAUUUUGCCCAUCUUACUCGUAGUUAUAUAAGCUCAGCAAUUUAAUUUGAUAACCUGUACUGUUCAUUUUAAUCACUGCUUAAAAGUCUUCAAUCUGUUAGUUUUUCAAAGUGGUAUUUUAGAAGUUUGGCAGUAAUUAUAUUUAUUAAUGUUUUACAUUUUUAUCCCUUCUUACACACAUGCACACAUACAAACAUUGAGAGGGUUUGAGGAAAAGGAAAAUAGUAUCUUUUCUCCUCCGCUUUUCAUUUCUUAGUUCCCAAAUAGACUGGUGCUAGUCAUUUGUAAUUAUUAUUUAUUUUGGUCAAAUAUGAGAAUUUAAUUCUCAACAAUGAGAAGUUUAUAAUAAAUGAAAAUAAUUUAUUUGGGAGCAGAUUGCAUUUGAAUGCUUAGAUAAGUAUCUGUUCCGUAAUCACUACAUGCUUAUUUAUCAUUUGCAAGGAUCUGGUAGAGAAAAGUAAGAUAUGCCAAUGCAUUCAAUUACUCUGCUUUUGUAUCAGCUCAGGUGUUCACAGAAACAGGAGUGUGGAAUCCCAGCCCUUUAUUUUAAUUGCACAUUUAUGCUUUAUUUUUCUUUCUAUCAACUCUUUAGUUCCACUGAUAUGUAAAAUAGUUACUGAGAGAAAUGAUUAACCUUUUGAUUUUUCUUUUGUUGAUCUGUAAUAUUUUUAAAUGCAGCUAUUAUUUAACAAAUGCCACAUGUUAAUAUUACUUAAUAGUAUAUUCCUACAUAAAUAAAUAUUCCACCUGUGUUAAGGCAGUGAAAUAUUUCUUAAUGUUGGCCUGAGGACCAAGUGAGCCAUCUUUCUAGUUAGGCAAGUAUUAUGUGAAAGGACCAAAUGAUUCAGAGAGGAGAAUUUGUGCAUUAUUUAACUUCCCCAUAUGAAGCUUGAGUUUACUACUACCUGUAUUACUAUCCAUAUUCAUACAUCUGACAAUGAUCAAUAAAUCCAAAUUUUAUUCUUCACUAAGCAGUUGAAAAACCUUGUCUUCUGACCAAAUUGGACUACUACCUAGUUAGAAUCCAUAAAAGUCUUUAUAAAACAAUGAAAAAGAAAAGAGAAGUUUGGUAAUAACUUCCAAAAUUCUGUAUUUUAAUUUUUUAUUACAAAAGAAAAAGUGGCUGGAAUGAGACUCUUCAAGGAAUUCUUGCACAUCCCUUAAAUAAUCUAGCAGACAACACAGUCCUAGAAUUCAGGCUUCCAUUUUGGUUUCAUUAUUAUUAAGUAAAUAUUUUCAUAUAAAUGGAAAUGUUUUCCUCAAAAUAUUAACUCAAAAUAUACUCCUUAUAUUAAGGAUUAUUGUAACCACAUUUUUUGUAAAUUCCCUGUGUAUAACUUUUUCCUGUUAAUAUGUGAUGCCUUUUCAUUUAAUUUGAUUAUCUGCUGGUAUUGGGGCCAAUAGAUUUGUGAAUACUUUGUGGAUGUGUCCAUGUAUAGGUGUCUAUAUAUAUAUAUUUUUCCUAGCUAAUACCUCAAAUGUGUGAUUGUUUAAUAUAUAUCAACUAUGUUUGUACAGAGCAGGGCUUCCAUUAUCAGUGGAUAUUCUUAUUUCUAACUUUGAAAAUCAGUCCACAGAAUUUCAUUGUGAAUUCUUUCUGUUGAUCCUUUUCAUAUUUUAGUACAGACAUUCCUAUUAAAUGGCCCAUACUUCUAAAGUAAUUGUAUCUUUCUGUAUCUAGGAAUCUGGAAAUAUGUAGGGGUAAGAAGUGUUUCUUGAAAUAUCUUGGUUUAAUAAAUUACUAUUGGCAAUUGGAUUACUGGUUGCCAAGACACCUAGCAAAUGACACCUGACAUGAAUAUGAACAAGUCUCAUUUACUUCAAAACAAGAGUUGGGGCAUUCUAAUCUGAUUAAAAUUAUAAUAGAGAUUUUCAAUGAUAUUGGAGUAUUUUAAUAAUCAGUUUCAAAAUGAAUUAUUUUGAGUUGGAUGACCAUACCAAAGAGAAGAAAGGAACUCAUACAUAAAUGACAUUUUUUAUUAAGAAAUGCUUCUUACCUAUUUUGUCUUUGUUUUUGGAUUGUUACAUAAAAAUUUAUUUCUGUUUAAAGUUUAAUUUGUAUUUUAAAAAGCUGCAGGUAAUAUUCAAGUUAAGAUGAAAUUUUAAUGGAAGCCUUUAUAAGUUAAAUGACGUGAAACUAGUAAAGGAGAUUUUACUUUAUUUGUCUAUAGUGCAUUCAAGAUUAUAUAAUUAGGUUUAAAAUGGAAUGUCUGAUUUGUAAUAUAUUCAAUGUUAUAUCAGACUUCUAUAAAAAUAAAGUUUUCUGCGUGAGAACUGUUAAAGAAAAUGGCAUUAAUUUUUACUAAUGUUCUGCUAAAUGAUUUAUGAUGUUUUUUUGUCUUUCAGUAUGCAGUUUAUUUCAGCAUAUGAAUAAAAAGGUCUGUUCUCACUGUACAGAUUUAAAUUUUUAUCAUGUUUUAUAGUUCUAAAGUGCCCUUUCUUUCAUUCAACAAAUGAGUCAGGUGCUGGGAAUUCAACACUGAGCAAGGCAGAAACCCUUAUGAAGUUUACAUUUAGCAAGGAAAAUAAAUGUCAAAUAAGUAACUAAUUAUAAUUAUGAUGAAUGAUACAAAGAAAAUUACAAGGUACCAUAAGAGCAUAUAUGUGGAAGACCUAAACUACUCUGAGUGGGUAAACUAGCUGAAACCAAAAAUGAGAUAAGUAGGAGUGAGGCGGAGGCUAGAGAAAUAUUUUAGGCAGAAUGUGUUAAGCUAGUAUGGUCAGAAGAUCUUUAGGGAACUGAAGUAAACUUGUAUGAUGGCAUAAGGAAGAUAGGAUACGGUAGAGAAUUAAAAUAUUAAAAUUAAGAUGGGGUCAGAUCUCAUAAGACUGUCGACGACGACGAUGAUGAUAUUCAGCUUUAUCCAAAGUCAGUAGAAAACCUUGUGAUUUUUAAGAGGGGAGUCUUGUGAUAAGAUUUGAGUUUUUUAAAAUAUCAUUUUGGUUGCUGUGUGAAGAAGACAGGAAGGCAAACAUGAGUGUAAUAUAAAAGGGGAAAUUUUAAGUUGUAUGUAUGUGACUAAAAUAAAAAUUUUUAAAAACAAAACAUAGGAUUGUAUAGCACAGUGAAUCCUAAUGUAAACCAUGGACAGUAGUUAACAGUACAAUUAUAAUAACAUUCUUUCAUCAGUUGUGGCAAAUGUACCAUACUAAUGCAAGGUGGCAAAAAUAGAGGAGUAUACUGGAGCUCUGUAUUUGCUGCAUGACUUUUCUGUAAACCUACAAUUUCUGUAUUAGAGUUAAGUAUAUGGUAUAUACAGAGGAUAUUUUAUCCGUUGCAAAGAUGUACUAAUUGGCUUUACCUAAGAGAAAGACACCACCUGCAUUCUUACUAAAAGGAAUACUCAGAGGAUGGGUGCAGACGCAGGUAGAUUUGUAGCCUUGGUGGCAAGAUGGGAUAGCUUUCAUUUUUUGGAUGAAAUAGGCAGUUUAUAUAGAGUGUGCAAGGGGAAAAGAAUGGUAAGCACAGGCUUAUAAUGAAGAGGAUUUGACGGAAUCAUUUUCACUGAAUCAAAUGACUAGUAAAAAAAAAAAAAAGUAGUAUUUCUGAGGGUUCCAGGUUGGUGACAGAAUUUACAGUCUGCUUAGUUGUGUGAUUUUUCUCCAGCUGACCCAGCAGCAUAUGUUUGGAGAAAACGGGCAUUUAGUUCAUCCAAAUUUGGGGGUUUGCCAAGCAGAAAGAAUAAAGGAAAGAGUGCUGGGGCAAUAAAGAUGUUGUCAAGUGAGUGAUUCCAUUGAUUGACUAUGGGACAUAAUAUGUCAGAGAUCAGGAAACAAAGAUAGAUAGAGGCUAAUGGACAGGGCAAUUUAUGGUGGGAGCUGCACAAUGAAGCUGUAAAGUUAGGAGAUGGAAUACAGGGAGCAUUUGAAAUAAGUGAAUUCUGAGAUCAUUGCCUAAGUCCAGGGUGUGAUGACAUUGGCUGGUAGUAUAGAAGAAAAAGUUACUACAUAUGACCUUAAAAUUGUAUUCUCAAUGGGCUCAAACCCAAACCUCAGCCAGAAUCAACAUAUUAGUAAGGUAUUUUCCAAUUUGAUGAGUCUAAGAGAUAAAAUUUUUAUGUUUAUAUUUUGGAAAGUCAGUAAGACUCUCCUCCUCAUGUGAAUUUGAAUACCAAUUAGAAUUUUUACCCAGGCAGUGGAGCCAGCUUGAACCCUGAUUCUUGAAACUUCCCACAUUCUCCAGCUUUGCUUACACAAUUCAUUACAGUCUUGUAAUGUUUGGCUUAUUGUUUCCAUAAAGACCUCCCUAUGGGCUAACAACAACAACAACAAAAAUGGAAAUAGCAAAUGUUAGGAUUUUAUUAUUAUAAAUCAAUAUAUUCACUUUUGGAAGUCAUUAGAAUGCAGUCACUAAAAGAGUCUGCAGUUUCCUUUAGUAGUGGAGAAACUGAUUAAGUUAAAAUGUUGAGAUAUACAAUUAUUGUAUCCCAUUACAAAUGUAAUGUUUACUUGUUAUCUUAACCUUUUAAAAUAUCUACUUAGGAUCUUUUAUACUGUACGUAAUAUAUUAGUAAAGUAGUACAUGUAUAUAAUUUAAAAAUAUAUUGGGUGCACAUGUUCAAAAGUCUUACUAACAAAUGUGCAGUUCAAAAAGGAAACCAUUGAACCAAAGAACAGCCUAUGAGAUUCAGGCAUUUGUAGUGCUGUAGCCCUCUAUCAUUAUGUUUUCCAGAGGGAAUGAAUAGCAAUGGUUAAUUAUGCAGAGGUCAAUUAGGAGAAUUUCUAGUUUAUUUGAAAUUUUUCCUCAAGUGUGCACAACCAAAAAAUUAGUUUGAGUUGGUUUGUUUUAUAUGUAUUGGUCUUUUGACAGCUAAUAGAAUGUGUAGUUUUAAAGGCUGGAUGGUUUUUAAAAAGAAAACAAUGGGACUUUGUUCUAGUUCAUAGUUACAUUGCUCUUAAUUCAUACUAAACUUCUUAGUUUAGUCCUGUAUGCAAAACUGACAUAGGAUCUUUUCAAACACGUCACAGGACACGUUUCAUAUUCCAUACUAGCCAUAUGUCUGCUUAGAUUAUAAUUUGUUUCUUAUUCCUUAUACUUCAGUGUGUCAGGAUUUUCUCUCUAUACUGCUGAAGUAAUCAUUACAAAUAUGCCCCCAUUUAAAAUGGAGAUGUUAAAAUACAAACUUAAACCAGAUACAUAAGUAUAAUUUUUCUCAUUCCAAAAAGAUUAUUAUACAAAUGAUUUCAGCAAAAGUUUCAGUUUAACAAUAUAUACCAUAGAUUUUCUGUUAUCGGUUUAAAAUGAGAUUUAAUUUUUUUAAUUAACAAUUAACAACUCCAGAACAUAUCUUUUGUGUAAAGGCAAAGACUACCUGAAUAUCCAAAACCUUAAAAUAAAAAUUUGCAAGCUUGAUCUCGAGCUUCCUUAUUUAAAGCAAUAUUUCAUACUGAGAAUGAAGAAGAACCCAACAUAUAUAGAAUUUAUUAUGAUGAAACUAACUCAAAUCUCAGUAUACCUGUGUUAGAAAUUGUAGGACGGUGUAACGUAUGGAUCAAACCAGCAUGAACCAUAAGCAGAUAGCUGCCCUGCAUGACAGCAGGUGCCGGCCUGUCUGGAAGGGAAUGAGAACCAAAGAUAUAUAUAACAAAGGAAGUCACUGAAGCCUAACGGAGUUUACCUGGGAGUUUUGAUGAUAGUUAAUAGAUCAUCUGUGUCUCCGUAGGCAUCCCCCACCUCGCCCAUCCUCACGUGGACGUACCCGUGAAACUAAGAUAAGGAAGUCUUUGUGCUCAUCCCAAGGGAUUAGCCCUUCCUUGGGACGUGCAGCAAAGCACUUCUACUCCUGGACAAAUUGCCAUAAGUACGGACCCGAGUCCCAGGAAAAGUAGGUCUCACCCAGGAGGGGAUGCUCUGCCUGGGACCCUGUGCUAGCUGAGACUGUGGUAGGCUGAAAAACCGGGACUUCCCCAGCCAAUAGUAUCAGACGUGGGGGCCUUCUCCAGCUUGGUGAGUUUUUCUUUUCCUUUCCUUUUUCUGCUGGACAGACUGCUUUACUUUCAAUUAUCAUAUCAUAAAUAAUAAAUGUUUGUAGUCUUGUAAUUCAAUAAAUUCUGUUCUGUAAAGUUA